AUGUAUGUGUUGGAUUGCCGCCGAAGACAUACGUUUGCUAGUUGUAGCUUCAUUUUUCUUCGAGAUGUGAUCUUAGGGGAUGAGAUUCAUUACGCGGGACGUGCACUUGUAUCUAGGGGUGGACUUUUUGGCACUGAAAAACCCGAAACCGCCGACGGCGGCGAGGGCUCCACCUUCACCUUCUCAUCGGACGGCGGCCAAGAACACAAACCCAAUUACGAUGACAGCAUCCAAAUCAAACCCAACUCCUCCUCCAAACGCGAAACGGCGUCGUCGUCGGUGACGAUGCCGAUGUCGUUCAUGACGGGGUCGGUGGUGGGGAAGAGAUUCUACAACCAAGUGACGACGAGGAAGGCCGACGACGGUAAUGGAUGGACGGUGAUGCUUGAUUACCGGACGCUCAAGACUCCGUCGAAGAGAUCCUUAAAGCUUCCGACUUUGGGUUUGGCUAAGGCCAUUGCUGCUGAGUGGGAAUACCAGGAGACAGAUGGGAUUUGGCCGUUUAUGAUGCCUCUCAUGAAGCUUGUUUGUACUGCACUGGAACGAGUUCCUAUCACACGGCAUAAGGUUAUAGAAUUCUUGAUAAAUAGAUUCAAUCAAGAUCUAGUCUUUUGUCGUGCCCCAGAUGACAACGAGCUGACAAGUGACAUCCAUGAACGGCAAGUGGAAAAGAUUGAUCCAUUACUUGAUUGGAUGGAGUCUGAAUUUGGCUUUAAGCCUGUCGUUUACUCCAGCUUUUGUGGUGGAAAGCAUGAUGAGGGACUUCUAAAAGCUGUAGAAACCCUACUGAAGAAAACAGAUGAGUGUGAAUUGGCAGCAAUUGAUGCUAUUGCAGGAGCAGCACACUCCCUAACAAUUGCUCUUGGAUUAUUUCGUGGGAAACUGAAUAUUGAAGAACCAAUUGAGUUGAUUAGACUUGAAGAAGAUUUUCAGGUAGACAAGUGGGGUCUGGUUGAAGGUGGUCAUGAUGUAGAUAUUGCUGAUCUCAAAGUACAGAUCGCAUCGGCUGCUGUAUUCCUAGGUCUUUCAAGGAGGGUUUAAUCUUAGUACAUCUUUUCUUCAGUUUUUGUUCUUACCCUCUUAUAUCUUAGCAAUAGCUAACUUGUUGGCGAGGUUUUUUUUACAAUGUUUACGUUGUUAUAGGUCUGUAGAAGUUACAACACCAAGAUGCCCAAUAUUUUGUGAAAUCCUGUUGUUAUUUAU